GUGCAGUACACGUUCGAAUCAACUGUAGCUCCGUUGUUAUUCAGCCAGCUACGUGUAAAAAUGUGAUGGUGAACUAGGUGCUUGAACACUGAAAAACUGUACAUGGGAAUUUCAUUGGUCUGCUCACAUACAUUUGUCGAGAUGUAGGGCAUUCAAGAGGAUUUAAGCCUUAGGGUAUAGCUUUGAAUAAGGGAAUUUAUACAUUGAUAGACUCAGGAGAGUUGCAGUGUCGCAUUAAACUUCACUGCCAGCCAUCAUUCCUCAACUUUACUACGGCGCUGGUGAUUUCAACCUUUUGUAUGUGUUACAUUACCCCUGCUGGAAUGGUGAUUUUCCUCUUGCUAAUCUCGUUACUACUACUCCUGAAUUCGCUGCUGUGUGCAUUCGGGGUGACGCUCCUGUAAUUAUGUGAGAUUCAUUGCUCAUACUAGUUAUAUUGUAGAGGUCUUGUACAUUCAUGGUUCCUAUGCGGUUAACUUGAUUUCAUACACACUUUUAAGUUGUUACAGCUGAGCUGAUCUAGACAUUAUACUUGGUUGAAGGCCGAAAGAGUCGCGGGGAGCAGAUCGUUAGUGAUAAUCAUCGAGCGAGUACAACCUUAGUAGUGGCACUCCCCUGCCGGGAGAGGUGUACCAUUCCGUUGCCAUUCCAUUGCCUUCACGAUUUCUCGAACCCUCACGACAUCGAGCGUAGAUCGAGCAAUCCUGCAGGUCCAAAAGCCAAGGACAGAAGUGCCGCAGGUUGUAUGGCCUUGAUGAUUUGCACCUCAGUCUGGUAACAAAUUGCAACUUGUCAAACGGACGUGACUGCAUCUGCUCGUGUAUGGAGGAUGCGCAGUACAUGGAUAGCCUACGAUCUGCUGUUGUGUAUGCUAUUUUAAUUAUCUCAAAGUUUUGGGGUAUUCCUUCUCCGUAUUGAAUCUUGGUAGAAGCUGGCUUGCUGAGUCGUUUGCGGCUGUCAUCAAGGAUCAUUUCGCAAUCUUUCUCCAGCGCUGCUGUUUUUUUUGUUCCACCUUCUACCUACGGGACGGCGAGCUCAACAUGUGAUGCGUAGUGCUUUCAAGUCACUGCUCAUUGUCUUCUAAGAGAGUAUGCAGAUACAUUUAGCUCGGACCUCUACCAGUUAGGCUCAGUUGUAAUUGAAUACAGGAGGAAGGAGUUCGGGUUACUUGAGAUGCACUAGUGAAAAACUUACACCACCUGGAGCUUCUCGACUUUGGUAAAACUGUUAUGGCACGGAUCACCGCAGAUUUAAAUUGAGAGGUUGAACCAGCAAGAAGUUGGCGCACACACCAUGGAUUCUUCAUCUGAGUCCUAUCACAAAAUUGAAGUGAUUUAUCUCCUCAGCAAGGGGGCCGAGCAGGAUGAUCAUCCACACAUGAUACAAGUGCAGUAUCCCUCACACCAACAUGCCCCUACACUUAGAGAUGUGAAGUUCCGGUUGACUGCACUUCGGGGAAGAGGCAUGCCGGAUUCUUACUCUUGGUCAUACAAAAGGAGCUACAAAGGAACUUUUAUCUGGUGCGAUGUCUUUGACGGUGACGAUAUUCUCCCGCUUAGUGAAAGUGGCGAAUAUGUUCUUAAAGCUUUGGAAGUUAUGGAUUCUUCAGAAGAUGCCUGUGACCGAGGAGUAGAACACCUUGGCCAAGAGGUAGCGAGGGUGUUGCCAACAAAUCGUAACGGAACUUCGGCAAAUUUCAAUGAAGUGCACAGUAUCGACGACGUUCGCAGAGUAGCUCCCAACAAGUGUGUGGAAGUGAAACGACAGUUCAUGGGAGGCUCUGUUCACAAUAACAUGACUGGAAAGGCAAAUCGCAAUGAACAAGGAGAUGCUUACGGAACCACCUCGCGAGUACCUGACCCUGAGAAUUGUAUUGAGAAUAAGAGGUGCCUAGAAAGUAUGACGGGAAGUGACUCGUCAAGAAGCAACAUUUCAACAGACGAAUCCUACGGAUUGUCCUUUGAAAGGGAUCUGAAGAUGGAUAUGAAGGAGAUGCCGGCUUGCCCAGCGACACGGUCAACUGACCAUGGUGGAAUGUCUUCACUUGCACCACGAUCAUCACGGUUGUCUAGAAGAGAAUACGUAAAAUGUAAAACAUGGGCAGUGAAGGAAGAUGAAAAUGCUGCUCUAAACCAUGGCAGGUUGUCACGAAGGUCUAGCGACACACUUCGUGAUAGCAAUUCCGUGGGAAAUACAGUAGAUAUACCAUCUAGUCCGGUGACGCGACCUUGUUUUCCAGGGGAUCCACUCAUCUUUAUGCUGAAGAAAGCUACCAAGUUCCAUCGCUCUCAGCUGUGCAGGAAAGCAGAAGUUGAAGGAUCCCCAUGUGCAACAGUAGGGAAACCUAGCUCUUCUCGACACACAUCCAAAAUCAGACAUGGUUCAGGGCCGUUGAAGGCUUACCACGGUCCUCACUCAAGUAAAUCUGCGACUCAGAAUUCAAGGCCAGUGACGUAUGAGACAUCUGCCAAGGAAUCCGAGAGAGAUAUCAGAAGUCUCUGUCAAUUCCUGGGGGCUUCCAAUGUUGGAUCCGUCUCCCAGACGAUCAAUAAGGAGGGCACCAAGAAAACAGGAUCGGCUCGACACAUCCAAGCGGGUAGUAAUGAUGAUUUCGACUUUGCUCGGCACAAAGAAGUGGCAGUAGAUAUCUCUGAAAAAUUAUUGCUACCAGAACAAGUCACAGGGAGGUAUGAGAAGCCCAGCAGGAUGUCCAAGCAAUUAAUUAACAAACUGGAUUCAAAAUCACUGAAUAUGGUUACCAGACCAGCUGUCCGGCUGUCUUCCAAGCUUGGCUCUGGACAGGCUUCCGAAUCGUUCAGUCCAGCAUCUCCACAUGCCCCUCAGCGCCCCAUAGUUUCCAGACCCCAAGAGAAAGCCGUAAAUCAAUUAUCCCUCGUUGCAGGAUUUGAAGACCCACAGAUCACAAGCAGCGAUACCUCCAAUGCCGGUUUAUCUUGUACUUCGAAGGCAUCAGGCCUGAAAGCGGUCAAACUCCCCAGAAAUGCGAGCAACAACUGUUACUUCAGUCUAACUAUUCCAGAUUUAGAGAAAAGAGCAGCGGACACAAAAGUCUAUCCAUGGCGGGAGAAUUCUGCAUUCAACUCUAUCGAAUUGUACAGCGGUACCUUGCAGAAGGUGGAUUUGGUAAGUCCAUAUCUCAAGCUUCAGGCGAACUCCACGACUGAAACAAAAGAACCUGCGAAACCAAAGAAUUCGCCGUCAAAGCAUGGAGACUUCGAUGAUAAAGAAGAGAGGCCAUUAACACCAGCUUCAACGGAGCGACAUUGGGAGAACUUGCUUCAGGAGGCUGUUAGUUGUUCACAGUCAAUCUCCAAAGGAUUUGAUACUGCAUGAAUGCUCUCCGCUCGGGCGCACAUUCAAAACCAUUAAGUCAACAUGCCCAGCUGUCGCGUCAUGAACACGCUUGCAGCAUUGAUUGACGUGGGUAGGAAAAGCCCUACCAAUCUGACCGUUUUUACAACUCAUGGCGGCUGUAGCAUCGUAUGGUAGGUGACAAGAAUGGGGCCAGUACGUCAGAAUGCUUGGUUUCUCUCUAUUUUUAUUUUUACUUUGAUGCAGACCAUUGCAGCGAAUCUGUCUGAGAUUUUCAAAGAAGGGUUUGAUGUAACAAACAUAAGGCUCGAAAUACCCAUCAGAGAGUACUGGAAUCCAGUAAUAAAAAAUAAAAAAAAAAAAAAAAAAAAACCCUGCGGCAGCUACUUGUUACAUUUCAA